AUGCCACAGCACAAUCCAGACAGCAUAGAAGAGACUCAUACAGUGCCUAAUGAAUACGAAAAGAAUACCGCACCGGAAUUGAUUCAUCAUGAUGAAUACAAUCUGUCGGAGGAAGACCUGGAUGAAGAGGAUGACUCCCCUCCAAAACUUAAAUACACUCGUUUAAACAAGCUUCCUCCAAACUUCUUCAAUAAGGAUCCAGUAUCUACUUGUUGUAUCCACGAUUCAUACUUUAUAUUUGCCACUCAUUCCGGAGUGAUUCACAUUUCAACUCCAGACUUUCAACCUAUUCGAACAUUCAAAGCUCAUAGAGCUUCCGUUUUGUCUAUAUAUACUGAUGGGACCUACUUUGCCACUGCAUCAAUGGAUGGUACUGUUGUCAUCGGUUCAAUUGUUGACGAAAAGGAUAUAGUAGCGUAUAAUUUCCAAAGGCCAGUUCAUGCCGUGGUGCUUGACAAACAUUAUAGCACUAAUAGGAGUUUCAUUUCUGGAGGAAUGAGUGGGAAAGUAAUACUAUCCAAUAGGAGCUGGAUGGGUAAACGAACAGACGUGGUUCUAGAUGAAGGUUCCGGACCAAUUGUAUCAUUAGAAAGAGUUGAUGAUUUACUAUUUUGGAUGAACGAUAAGGGUAUUAAUAUUUACAAUUUCAGUCUAAAGCAAAUGUUAUUGGUUGUUGACAAGCCAGAAGAUUCCCCAAGAAGUGAUUUAUAUUGGCCAAGAGUGACAUUUCCUGACCCAAAUAGAAUUAUAAUUGCCUGGAGCAAUUAUAUAUGGUCAUUAAAGAUAUCUAUCAAACAAAACUCAGACGAAAAGGUGACAUCUUCAGGUAUGAGUAAGAUCUUACCCUCAACAGCAAGUAUAUCAUUCAGAAAUAUUCAAGAAAAAGAAGUUGAGAUUGAACAUAUUUUCAAAGUGGAUAGUUUAAUCUGUGGUAUUACAAGUUUUACUGACGAUUUAUGGAUGAUUCUUUCAUAUGACCCACCUACACUAGACGACACCACUGGGAAACUCCAGUUUAACAAUCCUGAUUUAAAAUUAAUUAACUCAGUCACGGGGGAGGUAGAAUUUGAAGAAGAAUUAGGGCUCAAAAAUGUGGAAAAUUUGGGCCUAAAUGAUUUCACUCUCGGUUCACAUAUAGAAACACUGACAAAAUACUAUAUCAUUAGUGCUAAAGAUGCAGUAGUUGCCCAAGAAUUAACCUUAAAUGAUAGAUUGUCUUGGUAUUUAGAAACAGAAGAAUUUUUGCACGCAUGGGAAAUAAGUGAACAUUUAGUAUCACCAAUAAAGAGGUUGAAUUAUGGAAUUCAGUAUGUUGACAGUUUGAUUAAGGAGGAUGAUUGGGUUUCUGCUGGUAAGUACUUGCAAAAGUUUUUAGAUAUUAAGGACAUUAAGGACAAUGAGACCAGAAGUGGCACAAUUACCAGCAGUAGCACACAAGAUGACUCCUAUGCCAAGGAAAUAGUAAAUCAAUGGGAAAUCUGGAGUAAUAUUUAUAUAAAUAGUGGCCAUAUCAUUGAUCUUACUGAUAUAAUUCCAAUUACAUCAGAUUUACCAAAGGAUAUUUAUAACCAAAUACUCAAAUAUUGGAUAAACACGAACCAAGAAAAGCUUCAUGAUUUGAUAACUCAAUGGGACAUCGAAGUAUAUGAUGUGAAGCAAAUACAGUCUCAACUUGAGGAUAUUGUACGAACAGAAGAUUCAUCACAAUUGGAGAAAAGUCUUGUACUUCUCUACGACAAGUCGCUAGAGCCUGCAAAAGCAAUACCACAUAUGGUUCAUUUGAAAGACCACAAUAUUGUUGAAUAUCUCUCCAAAAAUCACAUUUUAAGUCAGUUCAUUAAUGAAUUACCAGAUAUAAUAAGUCUAAGAUUUGACAAGGAUGAAUUGGAAACACUUCCAAUUAGUAAGAUACAGUCCAAAAUUUCCGAUAUAGUUUCAACUUUAGUGGAUAAACGCUUAGAAGUUAGUCCAAAAGUGAUUGUGGAAUUAUUUAGCUCAAUGCCGUUCAUCAGUUUCUUCUAUUUGGAAAAACUUAAUGAAAUCGACAGUUAUUUGGUUGCACCAUUUGGAAAUGAACGUGUUAAGCUCUAUUCUCAAUUUAAAAGAGAAUCCCUACUUCCAUUCUUGCAUAAAAAUACUGGUUAUGAUAUCGACGAAGCUAUAAAUAUAUGUGAACAAAAUGAAUACAUUGAAGAGUUAGUUUAUCUCCUUGGUCGAAUUGGCCAAAACAAAAAGGCAUUAGAACUUAUAACUACAAGACUAAAUGACCCAAUUAUGGCCAUUAAGUUUGCCAAAAGACAAAACGACAAAGAGGCAUGGAAUAUUUUGUUGGAUUAUUCCAUGGAAAAGCCGGAUUUCAUCAAGGCAUUAAUUGAAAAUUCAGAUGAAUCUUCAAAUGCAUAUUAUGAUCCAAUUACUAUUCUUAAGAGAAUGCCCAAAGAUAUCAAAGUGCCAGGGCUCAAUGACUCUGUGAUUGAGUUUUCUAAAAAUAACGAUUUGAACAUGAUUCUUAAUCAAAUCAUACUACGAAUCAUUUAUCAGCAAUCUAAAGAAACUUCACAGGCGUAUAAGUUGCGGAGAUUGAAAGGAGAAGAGAUCGAGGUCGAUCAUAUGACAAAUAUAAUCCAAACAUUUGAAACCAUUGUACUUUUAAGAAACAAUGAAAAUACUGAUUUGCAGUUAGAGGCUAACUUAACGAGUGAUCCACAUAAUAUGUCAUAUGAAACUCACAUGAAGAAAUUAUUGCAUCUAAAGGAACUACAAAGGAAAUUGACGUAAAUGCUUCUAGGAAUAGAAAAGCCCAAAUCGAUUAGAUCGUAUUCUACAGACCCGUCUAGAAUUGUUAUUUUCCUAAUUCGGAAAACAAUAGUGCACGUUAUGCAUUGUUUAUGAAAAACGGUUUAGUUGUGUAUCAUUCUUGUUCGUUCUUAACCCCUUGAAACUGGACACGAUUUGUGGUGCUAAUCAUAUGCAGAUAAGUAUAGCAACUACUCUAUCUAUGUAUACGAAUGUUCAAUAAGCAAUAAAUAGACGAAAUACAAAGACUACAGUUUCCUGGUGUAACUGGGUGAUUUUUCUAGUGUUG